UUCCUGCCCCGGCCUCCUCCACCGGUCAGCGUUCCUGCCCCGGCCUCCUCCACCGGUCGGGCAGCAACUCCAGAACCGACUUUCUGUACAGUGGAUGUAUCAAGGGUACCGGAGGAGCAUGCUGGUGAAGCUACACCAGUGGCUCUUCGCAAGCUCGUUGAGAAGGAGAUGCAAGCACCCGGCGACCAGUCUAGUUGGCGGUGUGCUGCGGUCACCAGGGAUGGAGGAACUGCCAACCGCCUUAGGGUUGUGGGCAAGAACAAGGAGGAGCUGAAAAAGACAAGGAUAUCCUCGAAGCCAAGAAGACGCCAGGGGCAAGAGUCCUUCGGGACCAGCUGUACCCAGUCAAAGUUGGCAACAUCAGCCGUACGGCUGUCAUCGACCACGGAGGCAAGGUCCUCCUUGGGGCCGCAGAAGUCCUUGGUCAGGAGAACGACGUGCAAGUUGCCAAGUUAGCCUGGUUAAGUCGAAAGGACAGCGCAAAAGGAUACGGAUCGAUGGUGGCAGGGUUCUGCAUCUAUCCACUUCUACCCACGCGACCCUUGAAGUAGAUAGAAUAGAUGGAUUAGUCAGCUGGACUGAGAUAGAGUUG